AUGGCCACGGCAGAGGAGUCUCCCAUGAAGAACCAAGAGACUGCACGGAUACUUACAUCUCGAGCACUGAGGCCGUUUGACCACCAGGUGGCUGGGCAGUCUUUGAUUCUGCACUACAACAAGACCACAAUCUGCAAGUGUUUGAUACAGAGAGAAUACCAGUUCUACCAAGUUAUGCCCGAGCUUCUUCGUCCCUUUGUUCCAGAAUAUCGAGGUGUGAUCCAGCUUUACAUUCCAGAUACUGCCUGUGACGACUGUCCCAUAGACUGUUCAUGCUCUAGACUACAUACCCACGGUCCUUCGUCGCCGAGACUUCUCGUGGCCGCCACACAUGACCAUUGUCCAGCGACUGACCAGCCCAAAGAAGGCUUCAGGAUCAGCCAGCGUCGCAUGAAAGUUCUACAGAAAACCAGCAGGAUUAGUGUCGGCGGAAAUAAUCAGGAUAAUCUCUACUAUUUCAUGCUACUUGAAGAUCUCAUGUCCCGCUAUCAGAACCCGUGUAUCCUGGAUCUCAAGAUAGGUGUACGCCAACACGGAGACGAUGCACCUCCAGAGAAGGUGGCCUACCAGGUCAAUAAGUGCAGGACCACAACGUCAGCUUCCCUAGGGCUGAGAUUGUGUGGGAUGAAGAGAUAUGACGUCGUUUCCGAUGAGUGUGAAACCCGCGACAAAAUGUAUGGACGACAACUGAAUGACGAGGAUUUCAAGUCACAGAUUGAACAGUUCCUCUUCAGCGGACAAGAUCUCCGAGUGGACCUGGUGGGUUCAAUCCUCCACCAACUGACUGACCUGAAGAACGUUAUCGAGCAACUGGAUGGCUACCGGUUCUACUCUUGCUCAUUGCUAAUUAUUUACGAAGGCAGUGUUGAAGAUCCACUCGAGCAACAAGAAGACACUAGAUCUUCCAACGUCUUACAUAUUCGAGAAGGUUCAGAAGAUUUUCAGUCGCAGGAAGGUGUCGAUUUUAAAUUUAAUGAUGAUCUGAAAGGACUCAACAAUGACAUUUCCACAGGCGUAAUUCGGAAUAGUGAGCAAGAAAAUACAGACUCGUGUGUUUGCUCAAAUAAAACACAUAAUAACUUAACUGGGCUCUGUGAAAAUAGACAGCUGUGUAACAAUAAAGACAAUUACUGUAGCUGCCAAUGUCAUCGCUCAUUUCCAGAAGGCACAGACCCGCCUGGUGACACCAACAACCACCGGUCAAGACUAGAAGAACGUCUAAGCAAAGUGGAUAUCCGGAUAGUGGACUUUGCACAUGCAACUUUCGAUGGCUUUUUGUGUGAUACAGUCAAACAUUAUGGACCUGAUCAUGGAUUUUUGUUAGGGGUUAAUACCCUUCUAGAAAUAUUUACAGAGCUUAAAGAGAGAAGUGUUUGA